AUGUUCAGAUUAGUUUCGUCCAAUGCCCAGGGCUCGUUCAGAUCCUCGCUUCUCACGAAAGUGAGGAUUCCUAUCUCGGUGCCGGCUUCCUCGCCUCUUAACACUUCAACCAGCAACAAUACCACUACAAAUAACAAUAAUUUUGGGGUGAACAACUCUACGAAUAACACGCAGUUUACCCGUCAUCAGUCCUCAGCUGCUGUGGAUCUUUCGGCCCGGAAAGUCUAUCAAGAUGAGUUUCUUCGUCUGCAUUCUUCCUUCACAGCUCCAGAUCAUGAGACUAAAGUUAAACUUAACCAUUUCAAAGAAUUACUUGUAACAGGCAACCAGAAACUCCGAGCUUUGAAUAGGCAAGAGGCUCGGGCGUUCUACUCGGUUUUACAGUCGUUGAGCCACAUGCUCGAAGAUGCCAAAUUGCGUCGUUCGCUAAAUGUAGAUCUUCUUCAUCAGUACUCGUUGCUUUUGCACAGCGCAAUUUUCUCACUGAGAACCAACCGUUUGGCCGAAAAGCGUAACAGAGACAAAGAUGAAUACAAUGCCACCAGUUAUACGGAUGAGGUUGUGUUGAGGGGCUCAGUCUUGAACUUUGCCCAACUCGUGGAAGCUGGUGAAUUCAAAUACUGUUUUACUGACAAGGUUCUUCAGUAUUUGCUCUACUCUAUGUUCCAGUUCAAGUUUAACACCGAGGCUUUGAACUUGUGGGAGAACGGAGUCAAUGAUGCUGAAACCGGCAGUGUCUACCUCCGUCCGCUUGUCUUGGCUACAGUGUUACCUCGUGCAUUUGAACUUAAGAGAUUCACUUAUGAGGAAAUCUUACACAUAUACGAGUUGAACACAAAGAAAGAACAGUUCCCCCACCAUACAUUGGUAACGGCCAUGGGAAAGAUUGCUAUUCACGCUGGUGACUACUCGCGUGCUCUCGACUUUUUGGAACGAUUGCUCGAGAAGUACGACCAGAAGCCUACAGGCUUGAAAUUGGCCUCAUUGAGUGACUUGCACUUGUCUUUCAUCGGAGACUGUAAGGAAAUCGCCAUUGCCAAACACUUUUUUGACAAAGUGAUUGAGGACGAAUUGCCCUACAAGGUGCUCUUGAAGGUUCCUUAUGUAACAUCUCUCUUGGAUAACGCAUACCAGGCAGGAGACUCUUUGGAAGAAGCCAUUUAUUUCUGGAAGAAUUCUGUAGCCUACUACAUGAAGACUCGCCAGCAAUUGAAUUCUCGUUACUCGCUUUUGAACAAUAAGUUCUUUGAGCUCUUCUUCCAGGCUUACCCGGAGUUGAACGAAGAGUCGUUUGCCAUGUUGCGUGAUCUUAUCACCUUCUACGCACAGACAAAGCCACUUGAUGAAACCUUCUUAAACACCAUCAUCACCCAUUACUCGUGGAAGCUGAAGGAAGUGUUAGACCAGUUGAUGCAGAACUACGAAAUCUACGAAGUGGAACGUACACCAGUAUCCCACCGUAUCUGCUUAAAGAAAACUGGCCAGUACGCUGACUACACCAACGAAGAGAUUUUGGCCAGAUGGAAUGAAAACUUGAAAUGUUUAGACAACUCCAAGUACUUCUAUAUUCCUAACGCCGAUUGGUCUGCUCUUCGUGAUGCUACCAUCUAUUCGAUUGUCCCGGACAAGAGAACAGACUUGUACUAUUCUGUUCUUAACACCUACAAGAACUACAUGCAAGAUGCUAGAGCUUGUAUCAAGUUCGUCGGCAAUUGGACCAAGAGGCCCGCCUAUCUUGAGUCGAUUGCUCGUAUUACGCUCGAGAAGAACUUUGAGCCAGCUGUCAAGGUGGACGUGCCUUUGUUCAGAAACUUGAAAGAAAACGUCAACUAUGCAGACGCUACCAGAGAUCUUAUCAUCACCGCUAGAAAUUCUAAACCUAGAGUAUAGAGAGCAUGUCUAAAGUUCACAGACUUUUCGCCUUUUAAGUUAAAAUUACACGUUACGACGAUUUAAUGUUAUCCGGAUAUUAUACAUGUACAUAGAUAUUGGGUUUGUAUAUACUAAUAGAAACUAAUUCACAUUCAUCGAUUUUU